AGUGAGCGAGACAAUGGGUGGAGGGGACUAGUAACUAGAGCCUUCGGACAGACUGUCUCACCUGAUGCCAGAGACACACAUGGUCACGGGCAGUCUGUCUCACCUGAUGCCGACAAAAGGGUCAAAUCAAGGUGGGUGACUGGGGAAUCAAGAGUGGUGAGUGGGGACAGCGGUUUGCCAACAGGCAGAGUGUAUGUAACAGCUUCACACAUUUGGUUCUGCUGGCUGAAAAUUCUGCAAGUCAGCGUAGAGGUCUUCUGUGCACGUUUAGCCUGCCCGGCGUCACGCAAUGGUGUGUCACGAGGGAGAUUUCUCUGGAGCAUCACAUCGCUGCCAGCUUCACAAGAGACUGAUGUCACAUUUGGGAUGUCACAAUAAAAGGUGGCUGAUAUUUCUAGUGCUAUCCUUAGUACUGGGCACUUUCCUGAUAACAAUCAGCUUGCCAUGGUGCUGCGCGGGCGAUUUCGCGCACUUCUCUUCCCUUCCAGUCGUUUGGAACAUCAGCACCUCCAGCCGGCAUCCGGACGAAGUUUUAAAUGUAAUCUUUGUAAAGGUGCACAAAGCCGCCAGCUCCACCAUGUUUAACAUCUUCAUUCGUCUCUCAAUAUCACGUGGUUUGUACGUCAUGUUUCCCGCUGAAGGUAACAUCCACAACGAGACAACUCAAGAGGUUCGCGGCAUCGUUCCUCACCCUCAGUCGCCUCCCUUUGUCUUCAACGUCUUGUGUCAUCACAUCGUCUUUAACGCCAGCCAGGUACGUCACGCCUUUCCAAGUGACGUGCGAUACGUCACUAUGCUACGUCAGCCGUGGGGCCAGAUCGUCUCGGCUUUCCAGUAUUACAGGGACGUUUAUCCCAAACCAUAUCUAAAACAUGUCGACAGCUUUGAGGACUACGUCAGUGAUGUGUUGAGGUUUGAACCUACUGAUCCUCGUCAGUCUUUCACUAAUAACCGCCAGAGCAUCGAUCUGGGUCUGCCCCCAGAUCAGCUGUGGAACUCGUCGCACGUGCCUGUCUUUGUGCGACACGUGCAAGACACGUUUCAUCUGGUGCUGCUGGUCGAGCACUUUUCGGAGUCACUGGUUCUUCUAAAGCGACGAUUGAGAUGGAGCAUGAAGGACGUGGUGUUUAUGGUCAGCAACCGCCAGACCAGCAAGAUCAGCGUCAAGAUACAGCGCCACCUGCAGGCCCGCCUGCUGCAGCUCAGCCACUAUGACAUGGCCCUGUAUGGACACUUCCACGCCAUUUUCUGGCAGCACGUGCAGGCGGAGGGACCGCUGUUUCAAGAUGAGGUUAGGACUCUUGACCACAUUCAAGCCAAGGUCAGGCGGUUCUGCUCGCGCAGCGCGCACUCACGUGACUGUCUGAUGGUGGAGGCCACGUCCUGGAGUGAAACGUUUACCAUCUCAGGCGCCGAGUGCCAGGUGCUGCGCAUGACAGAACUGGAGCUGAACGAGAGAGCUCGGCAUCAACAGGUGUCACGCAUGACUAAAAGGAAUACCAUGCACACGUUGCCAGUUGCCAGCAGUCCCUGUUCUGUUGACAUCAGAACCUUUGACUGAUGAGACACUGGCCCUGACUACACAUGAUCCUUCACUUCUCACCUUCACAGAGCGGCGUCAGCACGUGUCAGCUGACCGUCACAUCCUCUCAGUGUCAUCUCACUGAGGGAAAGUGUCAGGCUGUAUGCUGUCGACUAAGUUCUGGAAGAGAGGCAGCUUGCAAACUGGAAAAACGCGAAACAAUUUACAUUUUGUUUCCACAUGGAAGUGGCACAUUUCACAUUUUGUUUUAAAGUGUAAGGUCGCACACAGUGAAAAAAUCAGAACUGAUGAGAAUUAGAAUUUGUCUUCAUUGGCGAGUGGGCAGGGAUGGUUGAGCUUAUACUCGUUGUUAUAAUGUGGUGGCGUUGGUGGCGGCGUGUGUAGGGGGUGGGGGGAACUGGACAUUGUGUUCGGGAAACCUCAAUUGCUAUUCCACGUUGACAGAGUCAACAACAGUGAAAACAGUGUCAUUACUGCACACAAUUCUUAACAACCAUACACUACGAGCAGGGCCGUGCUUAGGGGCAGGCGGACGAGGCAUCUGCCUAGGGCCCCGCGCUUCAAGGGGCCCCGCGCUUUUGAUUGAUAUGGUAACUAGGUAUAUGGAAGUGUAGUCAGCCGUGGCGUGAGGGCCCCGCACAUGCCCUUUGCCUCGGGCCCCGCGGGGGCUAAGAACGGGCCUGACUACGAGCCAUUUCUUCAAGCGAUUUCAUCGUUUUUAAUAAGAUGUUUAGAUGCAAAUGUGUUCACAUCCUGUGGUUGCUCGAUCGGUCGUUCACGCGAGAGACCACCGGGCAAGCAGAUGUGCCAUGAAUCAAAACACCCUUGUGGCUGAUGUCUGGAGGUUUGUGCCUGGCUGACCUUUCACAUCUCUAAAACGAAGGAAAUUGUACAGCUAGAAAGUAUUCAAUAACUAAGACAUUUGAUUUUAUGUAUAAAAUGAAUUGGAUAACAGCUUCUGAGAAUAAUAUAAAUGAGAUACUUUGGUUUUACAGAAAUCUUCUCUUUUUAUAGAAUGCGAUCUAUAAUUAUAAAAUUAAUUGUAUUGCUAUAGAGUGCAUUCUGUAAUCAAGAAAUGAAUUCUAACUAAAUUAAAAUCAGAACUACAGCCCUUAAACAUAAUCCUGAUGUAUGCGUGAAUACUGUCUAUGUGCCGAUGAAGAUUAUGAAGGCCCAGCCAACGGCAUCAAAUCAAUCAAAUAAACUUUACUACGUCACACGCUAUUUGUACCGGACAGCUUGGGUACUACGUCACACGCUAUUUGUACCGGACAGCUUGGGUACUACGUCACACGCUAUUUGUACCGGACAGCUUGGGCACUACGUCACCUGCUGUUGCUGUCCGUCUCGCGCUGCUCGCGCGACCACGCGUGGGAAGGGAGGGGAUGCGGGGUGGAGGGAACAGCAACGUCAGCAGUACCAUAGAUGUUAUAUAGGGUAUAUCGUCUAUGGCAGUACCCGCUGACCUAAACAAGCUCCCGCUAUACACUAUAUGUGCCAAGUUAAUGAGGUCGACCGACCUUCUGAUGAUCAGUUCUUCUUGUGUCAGCAUCUUGCUUAAUAACUCUACACUUCUCCCAUGAUCGGCAUAUGCUUUUGUAAAAAUUAUACAUGAGGGUUGUAAGGUGACCAGACGUCCCGCAUUUGGCGGGACAGUCCCGCUUUUGACCUCGUGUCCCGCCUGAAUAUCGGGCGGGACGCCCAAUGUCCCGCUUUC